AAUUGCUCAGUACUCCAUUUUCUGCAUAACCAAACACCAUUUAGAAACCAAAACCCAUGUCUUUGAUCAUGUCGUUUCUGAUCUCUGCAAUUCUCUUCGUUUUGAUCAUCUGCUGUUCAAGCCCAUUUGCGGUUUGCGAUGAUAAGCCCUCGGCUUACGAAGUUCUUCAAGACAACAACUUUCCGGUCGGCCUUCUCCCCAGAGGUGUAACAGGGUACGAAAUAAACAAAAAAACAGGGGAGUUCUCUUCCUACUUCAAUGGAAGCUGUAGCUUUUCCCUUGAAAAUUCUUAUCAGCUCAAGUAUGAGCCCAACAUAAAGGGCGUGAUAUCCGAAGACAAGCUCAAGAAUUUGAAGGGUGUGACUGUGAAGGUGUUCUUCUUGUGGCUCGAGAUUGUGGAAGUGGUUCGCAACGGCGACGAGCUCCAGUUCUCCGUCGGAGUUGCUUCCGCUGGCUUUCCGGUGGAGAAUUUUGUGGAGUGUCCGCACUGUGGGUGUGGAAUGAACUGUAAUAAAUCCAGUGAUUUUGUGUCUUCUUUUUAGGUGAGAAAAUUCGAAUAUUAAGGAGAGUGAGAGAGGGUUCACAUCAAGAGCUUUGCCAGAAAGGGCAGAAAGGUCAAUGUCCUACGUACUCUAAAUGCUUAAUUAGUUUAUA